AUGGCUCUCAGCAACUUCGUCGGUGUCUCCGACAAACUGGUGCACUUUGAGAGUCGGGUCAGAGGGCCGGCAGCCGAAGACGACAAUGUACACACGUACGAGAUCCGUCGUGACCGGCUGCAAGCCCUCUGGGACAAUGUCGAAGCCGCCUAUUCCACAUGCGCUGAUGCACUGCAUCAAGACGGCGACAGUGAAGGCACACAGGCUAUGGAGGCGAAAUACGAUCACUGCUAUGCAGUGUAUGAGCGGUGUCUCGCCCAUGUUAAGGGGCAAAUUACCCAAAUUUCCGGGUCCAGCAGGAGAGAAGCAUCCGUUCCUCCUGUAUACUCCAGUGGCUGCCGGCUCCCUCCAGUCGACACCGAAGUUUUCCGUGGGGACUACUUGCGGUGGCCGACCUUCCGUGACCUUUUCACGGCCAUCUAUGUCAACAAUCCAAGGUUGACUCCGGUUGAGAAACUUUUCCAUUUGAAUUCGAAGACCGCAGAUGAGGCCAAUGAAAUAGUAGCCAAAUUUCCGCUGACGAACGAUGGUUUCGCGUCGGCUUGGGGUGCUCUCUGCGAACGUUUUGAGAACAAGCGCUUGUUAAUAACAAGCCAGUUGAAGAUCCUGUUUAACCUGGCCACGGUUACCCAAGAGUCGGGAGCAGCUAUCAAGGAGCUGCAGAGUACGAUUCAGCGUUGCUUGACCGCUCUUGAGCAUUCAGACAUGUCCGUCUGUAGCCCGUUCGCAGAUUGCAUCCUCGUUUUCCUCUGCUCGGCCAAACUCCCCAAGCUCACACUCUCGUUGUGGGAGCAAUCUUUGGUGGACAAAGCGAGAAUUCCCGCAUGGCAGGACAUGAGCACGUUCCUCAAUGAGCGCUAUCGUACGCUCGCAGCGAUUGAGGACGUGAAACAGACGGCCAACCCACAGAACGCGACUGCAGGACCAUCCCGUCCGCAGAAUUCCAAGCGGGUCAACUCCUUUGAGGCCCGAGUCACUCCGAAAGGCAAAUCGUGUGACUUGUGCUCAAAGGAGAAUCACCCUGUCCGGUCCACUCCAAAUCCAACGGCAACCAAUGUGCAGAAUUUCUUUGCCAAUAAUGCUCAGAAUGUCCUUCUCGGCACGGCGGUCAUCAAUGUUUGCCACUUGGGCACUACAUAUACCGCACGUGCGCUAAUUGAUUCCGGGUCCGAAGCGACCUUCAUUUCUGAGCGUUUGUUCCGACGCAUUAAGUUGCCUUUCCAGUCCGUGCGAGCCCAGGUAUCCGGGCUAAAUCACGCAGUUGCGGCCCAAUCGCAGAAGUUAUGUCACUUCAGCAUUGGUUCUCCGACGAAGCCGAGGCUCCAUAUCGAGACUUCGGCAUUCGUAGUUCCACAGUUGGCAGGCAAACUGCCCUCCUUCGAUAUGCCGCGAACUUUCCUAAAGGAUCUACCAGCGAUAGAACUGGCAGAUCCACACUUCUACAAGAGCGCUCAGAUCGAUAUUCUAAUUGGCGCGGAUAUCCUUCCGUCGGUCAUCUUGAGCGGCUCCCGGCCAAACAUUUGCGGCUUACUCCUUGGGCAGGAAACCGUGUUUGGCUGGAUUCUUACCGGCCCCGUCUCCCAGAGUAUGUCGACAACUGUUUCUGCGUUUUCGACAAGAGUCGCCCUCCAAGCAGAAGAACAGCUCGACAGCCUACUUUCCAAAUUUCGGGAGGUGGAGGAUAUUCCAGCGAAGCUGAUAAAGGAGUCAGACUUCGUUUGCGAAGAAAACUUUGUUAAGACUACUUCUCGUAGCAAAUGUGGCAGAUAUCGGGUGACUCUUCCAUUCCGGAAGCCCGAUGGCAUUGAACUGGAUCAUUCCAGAUCUAUAGCGCUGGCUCAAUUCCUCAAGAACGAGAAUCGUUUGUCAAGAAACGAUUCUCUAAAGGAACAGUACAAUGCCGUUCUCCAGGAGUACGUGGACUUGGGUCAUAUGACACCCAUAUCGCCUCAGGCGAUUGUCACGACUCCUAAUUUCUACCUGCCUCACCACGCCGUGUUCAAACCAGAUAGCACCACAACGAAGGUGCGGGUCGUCUUCAACGCAUCUUGUCCAUCCUCAAAUGGCAAGAGUCUGAAUGAUAUCCUUCAUUCAGGGCCCAUUCUCCAAUCGGAUCUCACGUUGCAGAUCCUCAGAUGGCGAUACUAUCGAUAUGUGUUCAAUGCGGACAUAACGAAGAUGUAUCGCCAAAUCCUCAUGGACUCAAAGCACACACCGUUCCAACGAAUUCUGUUCCGCACGUCGGACGGUGAGAUCCGUGACUUUGAGCUGAACACAGUGACAUUCGGUGUCAACUGUGCGCCUUUCCUGGCUCUACGAGUCCUCCAGCAACUUGCUGAUGACAUACGCUUGGAGUAUCCUCUCGCAAGCCGAGUCAUUUCCAACAACAUGUACGUGGACGACGUCCUAGCGGGGACACACACAAAAGAAGAGGCCAUCCGGACCAUUGCGGAAGCGUGUGCAGCCCUGGACAGCGCUGGCUUCCCGCUGAGGAAGUGGACGUCGAACCAUAAGAGCGUGCUGAAGGACAUUCCAAAGGACCAUCUACUUCGAGAGGAUUUCCUCGAACUCGAAGACUCCAGUACGGCGAAAACUCUGGGCAUCAGGUGGCAAGCUCACGAUGACGAGUUCUUCUUCAUGCCACCAGAAGUUGCCCAUCAGGACUCCUAUACGAAGAGGGAAGUGCUCUCGCAAAUCGCUAAGCUUUUCGACCCAGCCGGGUGGCUGGCCCCUUUCGUUAUCCGAGCCAAGAUCUUCAUGCAGGAGAGAACGCUGGCUGAGAACGCUCGAAUGGGACGAGCAUCUACCCACGGAUCUUUCACUCCAAUGGAAGGAACACGAGUGAAGCUCCAGUACCACGGAUUCUGUGAUGAGUCAGAAAGGGCGUACGGAGCAGCGAUCUAUGUCCGUGUGGAGACGGCGAACAAAGUUUCCACACAUCUCCUUACUGCGAAGACAAAGGUGGCUCCUGUCAAGUCUCUCCCAGUGCCACGUCUGGAGCUUUGUGACGCAGUCCUGUUGGCUGAGUUAUCUGCAGCCCUCCUCCUGAAUCUGCCAGCAGAAAGUUUCCAGACUUUCUUUUGGACUGAUUCAACAAUUGUUCUCGCCUGGUUGAACAAGCCACCCUGCAGAUGGACAACCUUUGUGGCCAAUCGCGUGGCCAAGAUCGUCCAAGCCAGCGACGCCAAGAACUGGUCGCAUGUGCGAUCCGAGCACAAUCCGGCAGAUCUCGCAAGCCGAGGUGUCCUGCCACAAGAAUUGAUGCGUAAUCCUUUGUGGUGGCAUGGACCAGAGUGGCUUCAUCUCCCGUCGGAUCAAUGGCCAACAUCUCCAAGUCCCAUUCCGGAGACUGCUGGAGCAACGGAUGAAGUGCAACGUCGCUAA